AUGGCCGCGACUCAAACCAUCGACGUGCCCCACCUGGGCGGCAUCAAGGCCGGGUACGCCAUCGCGGGCACCGGGCAGAUCGACCCGGCCAAGCCAACGUGCGUCCUCAUCAACGCCAUGUGCAUGACGGUGGCCCUGUACCGGGACCAGUUCGAUGACGAGCGCCUCGCCGCCGCCGUCAACCUGCUCGCCAUCGAGCCCCUGGGCCACGGCGCCACCAGCUGCCCCUCCGAGCACUUCACCUACUGGGACACGGCCAUCAUGGCGCUGCAGGUGCUGGACAAGCUGGGCGUCGAGAAGGCGUACGCGCUGGGGACGAGCCAAGGUGGCUGGAUGGUCACGCGCAUGGCGCUGCUGGCGCCCGAGAGGAUACAAGGCCUGCUCGUGCUAGGCACGUCAAUGGACUACGAGUCCUCGUACUCGAGGUCCAAGGGGUGCUGGGAUCCAGCCACGAUGCUGUCGCCGUUCCUCGAGAAGUGGUCGAGCCCAAUCGCGGACUUUGUCGUCGACGACGUCUGGUGCGGCAUGGUCGGCAGCGUCGGGUUCGGCGACCACGGCACGCCCGAGAAGGCGGCAUUCUGGACCAAGACGCUGCAGGAGGUCUACCGCGGCGACGAGGGCCGCAAGAAGGCUAAGAUGGCUUUGCUGAAUCUGCUGUCGAGGGACGGCCUCCUACUCAGGCUGAAGGAUAUCAAGUGCCCGGUGCACUGGCUGCAGGGCACUAAGGAUAUUCCCUAUGGCACGACGGUUCCGGCUGAGCAUAUCAAGCUGUUCACGUCUGCGCCAAAGGCGGAGUUGACUUUCAUCCCUGACGGUGGCCACUAUCUCAACGCGACGAAUCCGGUCGAGGUGGCUGAUGCUUUGAUCAACAUGAUCACUGCCGGGAAAUAG